AUGGCUCUCAGCGAUGCGUUCGGCUCUGGCAAUGGCGUACCCGACCUGGACGACCUGCCCAUCUUCUCUGUCGAGCCCGUGCAGCUAGCGUUCUCCAUCGCAGCGGAUUUCGUGGCCGCCCAGGUUGCCAACAAUGUCAUCAUCCUGGCCCUGUCGAACGGGCGCAUCCUAAGAAUAGACCUGAACCGCCCUGAGGAUAUCGAUGAUAUCGACUUGCCCAAGAAGAACUCCGAUGUUGGCACGAUUCGGCGCAUGUUUCUCGAUCCGACCGCAUCACACCUGCUCAUCUGCACGUCUGCAGGAGAGAACUACUACCUGCACUCCCAGUCCAGGCAGCCACGUCCUCUCAGUAGAUUGCGCGGCGUGGCUAUCGAGAGUGUUGCCUGGAACCCCUCCUUGCCGACCGCGUCAACGAGGGAGAUCCUGCUGGGUGCCGCGGAUGGAAAUAUCUACGAGGCCUCCAUCGAGACGUCCAACGAGUUCUACAAGAAGGAAGUGAAGCAUUUGAAGAACCUGCACAAGCUCCCGGAUGGACCCAUCACCGGACUGUGGGUGGACAGCCUAGGGGGGAAGCAGGACAUGCGAAGGGUUGUCAUUGCUACACAGAGCCGGCUGUUCCACCUCACUGGCAGGAUUGGCUUCACCCAUGACGGCAGCGGGUCGGUCUACACCAAACUGUUCGAGUCGGAGCAACCGAUCGUGCACGAGCUGACCCGGACUGUCCAGGGCGCGCACUCGGCCCUGGCUGUGUCCCCGGACCACGAAGACAGCAAUCCUCAUGACGAAGGCGCUCCCGACCGCGCCUUUGCUUGGCUCACAUCCCAGGGUGUGUUCCAUGGCAAGCUGCUCAACUUCCCUACCGAUGGUAAUCUUGGCACCAAGGUAUUCUCCGAAUCGAAGAUGCUCACGAGGUCUCAGAUUACCUCUGCCGAAGGAAAAGGAAGACGAAAAGUAGCCUCGGAAAUGAUUGAAGACAUUCUCCUCACGCAGUGGCACAUUGCUAGUCUUAUUGGUGGGCGAGUCGUGAUCACGAACCGCCUUACGGGGGAGCUAGUGUCUGAGCAUGAUGUGCUUGGCCCUGGCCAAAAAUCCAUUGGCUUCUCUGUUGACCUGCAGAAGAACACAUUCUGGCUCUUCUCAUCCACUGAGAUAUUUGAAAUAGCCGUAAGAGACGAGGAUCGGCACAUUUGGGAAAUCAUGAUGAAGACGCAGCAGUUUGAGACUGCAUUACUUCACGCCUCUACUCGGACACAGAAAGAGACCGUUGCUGCCGCCUAUGGAGAUCACUUAGCCUCCAAGGAUCACUGGAACGAAGCAGCGACUGUAUACGGCCGUAGUAAUAAGCCGUUUGAGGAUAUUGCGCUGAGUCUCAUCGACAACAACCAACCAGAUGCCUUGCGGCAGUUUCUUCUGACGAGGCUGGCGACAACCAAGAAAGCCGCCAUCAUGCAGCGAAUCAUGCUUGCCAGCUGGCUCGUGGAGGUUUUCAUGGCAAAGCUAAACUCUCUUGAUGAUACCAUAGUCACACAGGCUGAACUUUCAGAGGACCUGAAUCCCACGGAAUCUCGGAAGUUGCUGGAUUCUGUUCGAAAGGAGUAUCAUGACUUUGUCAACAAGUAUAAAAAUGACUUAGACCGGAAGACCGUGUACGAUGUCAUCAGCAGUCAUGGGAGGGAGGGCGAGCUCCUCUACUUUGCCACUGCUGUAGACGAUUAUAACUACGUCCUCUCUUACUGGGUACAAAGAGAAAGAUGGACUGAGGUCCUUAACGUGCUCAAGAAGCAGACCGACCCUGACGUAUUCUACCGCUACAGCAGCGUGUUGAUGACGCACACACCUCAGGAGACAGUCGAGAUCCUCAUGCGCCAUCCUGAUCUGAAGCCUCGCUCCCUAAUCCCCGCCUUAUUGGAAUACAACCGUACCUUCCCAGGCACUGCAGCCUCGCAAAACCAGGCAGUGCGGUAUCUGAACUAUGUCAUUUACCAACUCAACUCCAAAGAUUCCGCCGUGCACAACACCCUAGUUUCCAUCCAUGCUUCUCACUCAUCCUCUGACGAGUCAGGUUUGCUCUCAUACCUCCAGGCGCAAGGCGACGAGCCAUACUAUGACCCAGACUUUGCCCUGCGACUCUGCAUCCAGCAUCACCGGACAUUGUCAUGUGUUCACAUCUAUACUAGCAUGGGCCAGUAUCUCCAGGCUGUUGAUCUUGCGUUGUCCCAUAACGAGCUUGAGCUCGCAGCAGUUAUUGCGGACCGGCCCUUGUCCAAUCCACAGCUGAGGAAACGACUCUGGCUUGCCGUGGCUAGGAAGAUUAUUCCGCAGUCCAAUGGAAUCAAGGCAGCAAUAGAUUUCCUCAAAAAGUGCGAGCUCUUGAAAAUCGAGGACCUGAUCCCAUUCUUCCCGGAUUUCGUUGUUAUUGAUGAUUUCAAGGAGGAGAUUUGUGGUGCUCUGGAGGACUACAGCCGCAAUAUUGAUAAUUUGAAGAAAGAGAUGGAUGAAUCCUCACAGACAGCCUCAAAUAUCAAGGUCGAUAUCGCGGCCCUGGACCAUCGCUAUGCGAUUGUUGAGCCUGGGGAGAAGUGCUACGUGUGCGAGCUCCCGCUGCUCAGUAGACAGUUCUUUGUGUUCCCUUGCCAGCAUGCAUUCCACUCUGAUUGUCUGGGGCGGCGAGUGCUGGAGCAAUCAGGGAUGGGCAAGUCCUCGCGAAUUAAAGAUUUGCAGGUUCAGAUCCACAAGGGUCUCGUCAGCGGCCCCAAGAGGGAGGCUGUUGUAGCAGAACUGGAUUCCCUCGUGGCUUCUGCUUGUAUUCUGUGCAGUGAUUUUGCCAUCAAGAGGAUAGACGAAUCGUUCAUCACCAAAGAUGACCGCCCCGAAGACUGGAUUUUAUAG